AUGCCCCAACCUCGGCUACGGCUCCAGGACGCCCGCCCGCGGUCGGGAUGCACUCCGCCGGCCCCUCGCCCCACCCCCCUUCGCCCCCCGCCUCCCGACGCGGGCAGCGGCGGCCCCCGGGGGCUGUCACCUCGAGGCGCGUCGCGCUCCCCCGAUGGCGGGGACCCACCCGGACGCCAGGACUCUCCGGAGAGAGGCGGCCCGCGCGGGCGGUCAGCACCUGCUCUGCGUCUGUCCGUCUGUCCUCAUCCCCGAGCGGGGGCGGCGGCGCGUUCGCUCACCCGACUGGUGGCGCGGACAACGGGGCCCAGGACGCCCGCAGGCCCCGGCCGGGCUGGAAUCCGGCGGCUGGAACCCCCCGGGGGCGCUCAAUUCCCGGGCUCCACGCUGCUGCGUCAGCGCCUCCUCCUGGGGGCCGGGGCCGGGCGGGCGGAGCGGGGGCCGCGACCGGGCGGGGCCGUCGGAGGAGCGGGCGGGCCGGGCCGGGGCGGGAGGGCUGCUGGGGCCGUGCAGGCGGGGCGGGCGUCCAGACAAGCGGGCGGCGGGGCCGGGCUCCGGGAUCCGCUACGCCGCUCGCGGUUCCCCCACAAACUCCCCGAGAGCGGAGCCUCCGCCGCCCUCCUUCCUGCUUCCUCGUCCGCAGCCAAUCGGAUUAUGGCCCUCCGCCACCUCCACCAAUUAGCAAAGAGCCCUGGGCUGGCCCCCGCCAGCCAAUCCCGGCCCUCUGUUCCCCCUCCCCGCCCCGGACCAAUCAGAGCCGCCCCCACCGGCCGGCCUGUCCCAACGCAGGGGGCAGCACGAGGCUGCCGGGGGAGGAGGUGCGGGGAGUGGCGGGGAGGGGGGGGUCGUAUCCAAGGGGUGGAUUUCCUCCGCCAGCCUCUUGUACCUCUCUGUUUCCCGGAGCGCCCCCCAACCUGGGCCCUCACCCCCAGUGGUCUUACCCCCCCAGUCUGCCGACCCCCAAGACCCUCUCCCCAGAAGCUCGCCCCAGCUACCCCCCAGGAAAGUCUUACGUAG